GUUCUGGGUCUAUUUCUGUCUCUGAUAACCACAUCACUAUCAUACCACAGCCUGGUACAGAGCUCACACCAUGUAAACCUUUCCUCACUCUGCGUCAAAGGGAAUUCACACUGAGAGAAAAAAAUCCUUUCCACAGAAGUGAAAAUAUCCCCAUUAUGGUUUAUAUUUACACUAGUUACACUAGAAAAAGACUUGAUGUGAAAGCAAAAUGAGGAAACAGGUUAAGUUAUGACAUGUUGUCUGGUGGUCUGCCCACAGAUUUUUCAGUUUCCCUUACAUAUAACUUACAACAAACACUUUUUGUCUCUCAGGAGUAGUAACAUCUGCUGCAUAUCUGGUCCAUCGCUGUCUGGUGUUUCUCCCCACCCCUGAAGCUCACUUCCUCCGUGCACGUGUGCGAAACCAAACCUCCCUCCUCCUACAUGUGUCUUCCCCGUUUUAUACUUGGUCUCAUCCCUUCCCCACACUCCUCACUGACAUUUCAACUGUGGCUGUCAACAACAAGUCAUCUCAACCAGAAACAAACAAGACAGCAAAGAGAGAGAAAUAUUACAUUUAGUAGAUUGGUGAUUAUCUGCUGCAGUGUGCCAUGUGGGACUGUAGUGGUUUUGGAUGCAUGUGAGCAGCCCUGAAGCUCGUUUGACCCUCCUGGACUGAAGUCGGCCAAACUUGAAGCAGCUCUGGAAUGUUUCUGAAAGUCUUCAUCCACCGGACAGCGUUGUUUUACAAUCAAGACACACCUCUUACAAGAAACAGGUUGAUUUCUAAUCAGGCAAAGUAAGAGAAAACCGAAGCAACGAUGAACGUGACUACCACAUCCCCGGCGACGACCGCAAACACAUCUGUGUGUGUCAAAAUUGAAGACAGUGCCAUCAGUGACUUCCUCAUGUCUGUCUACAUCUUGGCCUUUAUCACUGGUUUGAUCUUCAACGUGCUGACACUGGGCCCCAUUCUGCAACAAGUGCGGCGGCAAAACGUUCUGGGCAUCUUCCUGCUCAACCUGUCGCUCUCCGACCUGUUCUUCAUCUUCACCAUGCCUCUUUGGAUGAACUAUUACCGCCACGACCACCGCUGGAAGCUCGGCGUUACUUCCUGCAGCGUGGCCGGCUUCGUCUACUACUCCAACAUGUACAUCAGCAUCUUCCUGCUCUGCUGCAUCUCCGUGGACCGCUGCCUGAUGGUCACCUACCCGCUCCGCUCCAAGAGCUACCGCACAUCCCGCUACGCCUGGACGCAGUGCAUCGCCGUUUAUGUCGUGGUGAUAGCCUUGCACAUCAUGGUGCUGGUCAACGAUAAUCUCAAAGACGCCCACGAUGAGAAGAACAACAACGACCGGUGUUAUGAGACGUUCCCCAUGGAAGGGCCCGUCGCCUUGUUCAACCUGCUCAGAGUGGGACUGGGCUUCCUGCUGCCCCUGCUGGUUCUGGCGGUCAGCUACUGGAGGGUCCUCGCCACCGUGGGCCAGAGUCCCGGCCUGAGCGCCCAGGCCAAGAGGAAGGUCCGCCUUCUGUCCUUUGGCGUGAUCGGGAUCUUCUCAAUGUGCUUUGCUCCGUAUCACAUCCUCCUGCUCACGCGCUCGCUGGUCUUCUACAACAGCGAUGACGUGCUUCCAUUUGGAAAUUAUUGCCAGUUUGAACAGAAAAUGCACUUUUAUUUCUCAUGCACGCUGGCGCUGUCCAGUCUGAACUGCGUGGUGGACCCUGUGCUGUAUGUGCUGGUCAGUAACGGAGUCCGGGAGGAUGUGAAAAUGUGCUGGAGGAGGCACAGAAGGACAAAAACAGGGGAUUGUGCUCUCACUGCAUACAACAGAGGAAAGACUAGUACUAACCUAAUAUAAGAAGUACUCCAAGUGUUCGGAUAAAUCUACCUGUGCAUUUGUAUUCAUAUGUGCGUACGUGCAUACAUAUACACGAUUAGUGCAGUAGCUGUUUGAACUCAUGUCCGAGUUAAUAAGAGUGUAGCAGGAAUAUAUACAUCCCAUAAUCAGGCAAUCAGACAUCCUUUGAGAGAACCACAUUGCCGCUUUUGUCUUUUUUUCUUCCUCAUAUCCUGCACGGUGUAGAGGAGGGGGUUGUAUAACAGGCAUCUCAGAGCUCGGUAAUUGGAUUGAAUCUCCAAGGUUCUGUUCUCCCAAGAGUUCUUCAGCAGCAGCCACUUCUGCUUUAUGGAUGGACACUGGUGGAGUUGAAGAGCACUUGUGUUUCCUUCGCAAGGAUGUUGUGAUUGUGAUCCUGCGACCCUGGUACAAAUAAAAAGGACGUUAACUCUAAAGCAUGCCACAAAAACAUAUUUAUUAGCAUGACCUCGUGCCUCUAUUGUCUGACUGUCAGUGAAACUUGUUGAAAGUGAAUCCAAAUAAACCAGUUCUCUGAACAGGUGCUCGGCUUUAAGGUUGAUUUUAA